AUCCAUCAUGGAUGGAGCCUCCGUCCUCCGCCUCGGCCUCUCCCUGCUGCUCCUGCUCCCCGGCCCGGGGCUCGCCCUGCUCGGCCUCCGUCCGGAGGAGACCGGCGCGGAGCUCUCGGUGCGCGGCGGCGUGCUCCGGGCCACGGAGGGCACGCGCUUCACGCUGCGCGUCUACUACUCGUCGUCCUCCCCCGGCGGCGGCCUCAACCGCACCAGCCGCGCCAACAACGCCGCGCCCUGGAUCGCCUUCAUCGAGGAGCCGGCGCGGCAGGGCCAGGCGCGGCCGCGCGGCAACGCGUGCGCGGAUAAAAGCGCGCGGACGUCCGACAUCGAAGUCCUGGGCUCCUUCAAGUCCGCGUCCAGCCAGAACUCGGUGCUGGUGGAGCUGCUGGCCAAGGAGCUGCGGCGCGGCGAGAGCGUCAAGUUCUACUCCGUGUGCGCGUUCGACGGCGCCAAGUGGGAGCACUACCGGACGCGCGACUUCUGGGUGGCGGUGGAGGAGCGCGCGGCGGCGCCGGAGCUCUGGCUGCAGGUGGCGGUGUCGGUGCUGCUCCUCGGCCUCUCGGCGCUCCUCAGCGGCCUCAACUUGAGCCUCCUGGCGCUGGACCCCGUGGAGCUGCAGGUGCUGCAGAACAGCGGCACGGACGCGGAGCAAAAACACGCGCGCGAAAUCGAGUCCGUGCGCCGCCACGGGAACUACGCGCUGUGCACGCUGCUGCUCGGCACCGCGCUCAUUAACGCGUCCCUGGCCGUGUGGACGUGCCGCGUCCUGGGCAUGACGUGGCUGGCCACCGCCGCCUGCGCGCUCGGCGUCUUCUUCGUGGGCGAGAUCCUGCCGCACGCGGUGGCGUCGCGCCACGGCCUGGCCAUCGCGUCGCGCACCAUCUGGGUGACGCGGCUGCUGAUGGUGCUCUCCUUCCCGGUGUCCUACCCCGUCAGCAAGCUGCUCGACCUCCUCCUCCACCAGGAGAUCUCCAACUUCUACACCCGCGAGAAGCUGCUGGAGAUGCUGCGCGUCACCGACCCGUACCACGACCUGCUGAAGGAGGAGCUGAACAUCAUCCAGGGCGCGCUGGAGCUGCGCAGCAAGACGGUGGAGGACGUGCUGACGCCGCUGGGCGACUGCUUCAUGCUGCCCAAAGACGUCCUGCUGGACUUCAACGCCAUGACGGAGGUGAUGGCCAGCGGCUACACGCGCAUCCCCGUCUACCAGGGCGCGCGCUCCAACAUCGUGGACAUCCUCUUCGUCAAGGACCUGGCCUUCGUGGACCCGGACGACUGCACGCCGCUCCAGACCGUCACGCAGUUCUACCGCCAUCCGCUGCACUGCGUCUUCAGCGACACCAAGCUGGACGCCAUGCUGGAGGAGUUCAAGAAAGGUAAGUCUCACCUGGCCAUCGUGCAGCGCGUCAACAACGAGGGCGAGGGCGACCCUUUCUACGAGGUGAUGGGCAUCGUCACGCUGGAGGACGUCAUCGAGGAGAUCAUCAAGUCCGAGAUCCUGGACGAGACCGACCUUUUUACCGACAACCGCAGCAAGAGGCGUGUGAGUCACCACGAGAGGAAGCAUCAGGACUUCUCCAUCUUCAAGAUGAGCGAAGACGAGAUGAAAGUGAAGAUUUCUCCUCAGCUGCUGCUGGCCACACAUCGCUUCCUGUCCACAGAGGUGGAGCCCUUUAAGCCCGCCCACAUCUCGGAGAAGAUCCUGCUGAGGCUCAUCAAGCACCCCAAUGUGGUCCAAGAGCUGAACUUUGACGACAAGCACAAGCGUGCGUCACAUCACUUCCUGUUCCAGCGCAACAAGCCCGCCGACUACUUCGUCCUGGUGCUGCAGGGUCGGGUGGAGGUGGAGUUUGGCAAGGAGGCGCUCAAGUUUGACAACGGAGCUUUUUCUUAUUUUGGAGUUCCUGCCCUCAUGUCAGCUGACUCCAGGUCGCCGUCUCGCAGCAAUGCUCCUGAUUGUGCUGAGUCGGCGUCGCACGGCGGCAGCGUGGUCCAACUGAACGGCGGCUCCAACGUCUACCUGCCCGACUACUCGGUCAGACAGCUGACACACCUGCAGGUCCUCAAGAUCACCAGGAGCCACUACCAGAACGCCGUGACCGCCACCAGGAUGGACACGUCGCCUCAGACGCCUGACGCUUGUCUGGCCGAGGCCUCGCCGCCCGAGCACGCCGCCACGUCCACGCUGGCGCCCCCGCCCAGGGAGCUGGGCCGGCCCUCUUCGGCCAGAACGCGGGGGCAGCAGUCGGCCGUCCCUCACGGCACCUCGCUGCUCAACGAGCGCAACCGCAUCGUCCGAAGUAAGUCGGACGGCCAGAGGAGUCCCGGGGAUUCCGUCUUCCUCAUGAUGGACGAGAUCCCGUACAUUGGAGAGGACAGGCCCGGCACGGACGACGGCAUGGCCGACGUUCCCAUGGCAACCGACACUUCGCCUUUCAUCAGCAGCAUUUCUCUCAGCGCCUCAGAAGACACGCUGGGGAAGAAACUACUCCUCAAACUCAGUCACAAGAAGAGACAAAAGUCGCGUGAAGGUGACAAGACACCAGAAGAGAAGACAGAUGGAGUUCCCACUUAGCGCCAACAUGUUUUAUGUGACAUUGUCCUGCAGGGGGCGACGGUGUACACCUGCAAAGACAGUUUUAUACGCCAAAACUGAGCUUUUAUUUUGAAAGACGUCAUCAUUUAUGCUGCUUGCUAGUUUCAUACUUCAAUGCUGUAAAAUCUGUGCAAUAAAAGACAAGAUGAGCAA